CUAUCAACAGCACGAGCAGCACGAGGGUCGCCGUUCGUUCGAGUUCACGCUGAGGUGCGUAGUCCGUGCCAGUGUUACAAGCGCUCUGGUUCCCGGUAGCGACGGACGUACGUGAACGAUUCGAGCGAAAAAAGAACAACUCAUCUGUAAUAGUGCCCUUUUCAUCGUAGUACACAUUGAGUUGGGGUGCAGUUUCGGGCCUCGGUCCGUGUUGCGAAACACGUCCUAACGAACCCCAUUCCGUCAGAAGGAAAACGGUUCUAGUGAAAAGUGCUCCAGUAUUACCUGGCCAACGCGAUUGGCAGUAGAUUUGAUAACGAAUUGACGAAAAAGGCGUCCGUGUUUGUGUGUGGUUUUGUGUGUAUGAGUGAAUGCUUAAGUUUUGUGGAAUUUGUUUGUGCAUUAGGUAAUGUCCACGGGUAACUAAUUGGUAGUCGCGCUUGCAAUCGGGAAAGAAAUUGGGGUGCAGCGUCACGAGUGUGACAAUUUUGUAGAAUUGUGUUUUAUUGCAUACCGGUGGUGUGCCGGUGGCCUACUGAUAGAGCGCAUACGUGAGGCUCUAUCUCCCGAUAAGUGUGUACCUGCAUGCGGUUGGAUAAUCUCAGCACCGAAGGUGGCCAAGGUGUGCAAACAGUAGUGUAGCGCCUAUCACCACACAUCUUCUGGGUCAUCGUGGCCUCAUUGCAGCAUUCUCCCAGGAAAACCAUUUGAUUAGCAGACGGGAACAUCGUCCUUGGCCCACGUGUGUACGUUCCAUUUUCACUCCGUGUCCACUGGCCGUUCCGUGUAGAUGCCUACCAGUUUGGAUCAUAGUUGACCCAGUUGACAGGCGUGUCUCCAAUGUGUAACUGCGCCCGGCAGUUGUGUGGUGUCCUGCCCGUCAACAGCGCGCCACAGUGAGGAACGGCGAGAGCGGUGUUGGUGGUGAAGAUUUAUGCAACCGUAACAUCGGAAGCUGUCCCGAUUGAAGGUGUGUGUGUGUGUGCGCGAGUACACGUGUGUUUGGUACGCAAGAAGAAGCAGCUGGCGGUAAGAUGAGUUAUGUGCGCCACACCACCGUAGCUGCCGUCUGUCUGCCAGUUCUUGUGAUCAUCCUAUGGGUUCCAGCAUUAGAGUCUUACAGUAUUCCUCAGCAACAGACUACGCCGGUGUUCGGUAGCGGCAGCUUGCUGAUACGACCCCUAGCCACGCCGUCCGAUCGUGGUACGAUCGAUGGCAAACAUUUCACACCCCGGAAGCUGCAAUCGCAACCACGCUCGCAACUGUUUAUCCCCGAACAGUCGGCCGUACCGGCGACCGGCGAGACCGGAUUUGGAGCGGCCGGAACGUCGAUCGAGCUGGACGGAAUCGAUCGCAGCUACCGGAAGGUGAAGAAGAUCGUUAAACACCGCCGGUACCCGUCGUCGGCGCCGCGACGAAUCAAGCCCGGAUCGGCCGGCUGGCCGCACCGGAAGCGUCGGCUGAAUCCGCACCUCUUCACGCCGUUCACGAAAUGGGGACCGUGCGACUACUACUGCCACCAGAAGCGGGAGCGGUACUGCAUCGCCAAGCGCAAGUGUGGCAAUCACAUCCAGACGGAGGAACGGAUAUGUCCCAAGAACAUUUGCGUCCCGCUGCACAUUCCACCGAUUCCGACCGUCCACAUCGAGGACACCAAAGAGGAGCAUCAUUCGGCUCUGCCGCUGAACCAGUUUACGAUCGUCAACUUCGACGGGCACGUGCAGAAGCAGCUUCAGCAGCAUGGUAAUAAGAAGAAGAAGAAGAAGAUCAUCAUCCAGGAGGACGACGAGCUGGAUGAUUCCGACAGCGAUACCGACUACGUCAUACUGAAAAGUCCGUCCAAGUAUCCGUCGUUUCACCGCAAGGAGGAGCUACUGUCGCAGAUGAUCAAGGGCAAACCGUUGCUGAUCAAUCUGGACGAUUUCGAUGAUAAGCGCAUUCUAUCGCCGAGCCUGGCACUGGCCCCACACUACGACAAUGGGUACGAGACGGCUUCCCACAAGUUUGUGAAAUAUCCUCGCCACCGUCAGCAGCAGCAGUUUCAUCUGCCGCGAAGGCAACCGUCCAAGUUGAGCGAUUACUUUGAGGAUUACUACGACCAUCUAUAUCGGGAUGGAACGGGAUUCUCGAACCGCAAAGGGGAGGAGUACCCCGAAACGGACGACCAGGAAGAUUGGCGUCCGAUUGUCCCACUGUCGAACAGCAGCAAACACGCUGGAUUGCAGCCGGAGAUGAUGCACAGGCACGAAGGAGAUGCCUUUCCACACACGACGGAGAAGCUGGCGAACGAUUCCAACAGUACGCAGCGCUAUCAACAACAGCUGCUGGAGUCCUUCUCCACCGCGACCACGGGCGAGGAGGAGGCUCGAACGGCUAAGCGUGAAGUGGACGACGAUUCAACCGAUACGAGCAGUUCGUCCAGUGAGCAGGAUGAGGAGCAGACCGGGAGGAUGCUAAAGUCCGGCCCUGCAUUGACACAGCGGCGAGCACGCGAGAAAGCCGUCUUCGAGAUGCCGCGGAAGGUGGAGAACCCCUACACAAAGUGGAGCAAGUGGACCAAGUGUACGGCCAAGUGUACAACGCGAAGAUUAAAACGCUGCCGCAUCCCGUCCUUCUGUGGGAACGAUGUCAUACGAGAGAUUGCCUACUGCUACACCGAGGGCAGCUUCUGCGAGGAGUGGAUCGGCAAUCAGCUGUACCAGAACAGCCGCAACAUCAUUCUGCCACCACCGCCGGCACCACCUUCGACCACGACCACCACCACCACAACGACGACCACAACCACGACGACAACGCCUCGGCCCAGCCGACCGCGAAGGCCACAUCCGAAUGGGUUGAGUCGAAGCGAUACGGUCUCGGUGCCAUCCACCCUGUCGGCACAGAUAUUCUCCAACCGGCGGGGUCUGCUGCAGCCGGAGUACCUGCCCCAGCCGCUGACCUGCGGUUUGCCGAUGGUGCGUGACAAGCCAAAGAAGAACUAUCUCUACAACAUGCUGCGUAUAAUCGGUGGAAAAACGAGCCGCCGGGGACAGUGGCCCUGGCAGGUGGCCAUACUUAAUCGGUUUAAGGAGGCUUUUUGCGGCGGAACGUUGGUCUCUUCGCGCUGGAUUCUAACGGCUGCGCAUUGCGUGCGCAAGCGCCUGUUCGUGCGGCUCGGUGAGCACAAUCUGCAGCAAUCGGACGGCACGGAGAUUGAGUUCCGCGUCGAGCUGAGCAUUAAGCAUCCACGGUACGAUAAGAAAACGGUCGACAACGAUGUGGCACUGCUGAAGCUGCCGCGGGAAGUGGAACGGUCGAACUUUAUCGGGUACUCCUGUCUGCCGGAGCGAUAUCAGGCGCUGCCGACCGGGCACACCUGCACCAUCAUUGGGUGGGGCAAGAAGCGCCAUAACGAUGACGCCGGUACGGACAUACUGCACGAGGCGGAGGUACCGAUCGUACCGAACGAACGGUGCCGGGCGGUGUAUCACGACUAUACGAUCACGAAGAAUAUGUUCUGCGCCGGGCACAAGCGGGGCCGGAUCGAUACGUGCGCGGGCGAUUCCGGAGGGCCGUUGCUGUGCCGCGAUGCGACCAAGCUGAACAGCCCCUGGACGAUCUAUGGUAUUACGAGCUUUGGGGAUGGGUGUGGGAAGCAGAACAAGUUCGGUAUCUACACCAAGGUGCCGAACUACGUCGAUUGGAUCUGGUCCGUAAUUAACUGCGAUGGCAACUGUCGAACGUGAGAUCUGUGGCCCGGAAUGCGAAACGAAUGAAAAUCGAAGCAAAAUGAUUCUCUGACGAAUUAAUUUAUUAGCACCGAGGUGGCAUCAAAAGAAGCAGGAAGGGACGACGGCAUCGGAUUGUCGAAUGACCGCAUACACACGACGAACAAUGAUCUUUGAUAAUUAUUUAUUUGCGAAUAAGCCAGAUUACUGUGUAUAGUUUAUUUACUGUUUAAAUGGAAAAAAAGAAAUAAAGUGAUAAUUACAGGUUUACA